AUGGCGAAGCAUAAGCAAUUGUCGCCGAUGGUCGUAUUGGUUUGCAUGUAUCUCUCCUCUUCAAGACGAAGAAGGAGGUUGGCAGAACGCGGAUUUUGCAGCUCCUCUUUGCACCAAGCGAUAGAAUGGUCGAGUACCACAACUGGCACAUCUAUGAAUGCUUGCUCCCGCAGGAACAGCGCUUCUUCGGCGAGCUCAUCGCUCAUUGCCCAUUGCCUUUCUACCCCGGAUUCGUUGAAUCUGCGACGGUAG